CAAUAUAAAUAUGUCGAGAAAAGUGAUCAUUUAUUUAUUAAAUAACAAAACUCGUAUAACUUUUCUUACGUUUACGAUAAUAUACGUUGUUUUUUGAAAGAUCACGUUUUUAUUUUUUUCUUCGAAUGCACGUUUAUUCGUUCGUAUUGUUUAUUUUUGUAUACGUGAUGCGAAGCUUUUCCAAUGAGAGGAAAUCUUUCGUAUGAUAAUAAAAAGUAAUAAUAGUGAUCGAGAGAAUGGCGAUGGAAGAAGUUGGAAGAAGAAAAAGAAUAAGAAAAUAAGAUCUUAUUCUUCGUGUAAUUAAAUUCCCUCCAAAGGUGUGUGCUAUAUCAAAAAUCUCAUUCUAAAUUAUUCGCGAAAGAAAUAAAUAAAGAGGGCUACGAAAUUUAUCCUCGUCACGGAUUCGUUUCAAUUGUUUCUCGGAAAAUUUUCCGAAAAAAAAAAGAAAAAAAACGAUCCAACAUCUGUCUAUACACGAAUAAAAGCGUUUAAUAUUUUCCUUUUGUCAUUUUCGAAAUAAUGAAAGUGUGUUGGUUUUAGAAGGGUAUAAAAAGAAAAAAAAAAAGAAAAUAGAAAUUGGAUCGAAUGAAUGAGCAAACAAAAAAGAGAAAGGAUUCAAUGGUAGAUAAAUUCUGCAAAGACGAUUACCAUCGUGUUAUUUUCGUGAAUUGAUUAAUUCGAUCUACUUCGAUGACCAGAACCAAUCCCCUGAACCUUCUCCAUUUCCCCCAUCGUUCCUGGUGAUCUAACCGAUAAGUGGCACUUCGGCAUAUAACACCCGUGACGAUCUAGUGCGUGAAAUCUCAGCGCGUAAUGACUCCUGAUUGGAGGUGGAAGGUCCUGAGUUCCGUUCGAGCACGCUCGAGGGACACCUAAAUCGAGAGAGAGAGAGAGAGAGAGAAAGCAUUUCCUGUAUAAUUGGAAGUACCAUAAUGACAAGGUGCACGCUACCUGUGCAAACGACUGCGUGACACCAAAAACGAAACAUAGAAAAAUAUAAAGACGUGUGGUUGCAUCGUAACUGAGUAAAAAAAGUUAGAAAAAAAGAAGGAAAGAAAAUAAAUAAAAAUAAAAAAGCUAGGAAGAGAGAGAGAGGAAAUCGAAAAAAGGAUCGAGGAAGAAUCGGAACACAUUCGAUGCAAUUUUCAAAGUAAAAAGGAAGACAAAAAGUGACCCUCGUAACGGCAACAACUCUUCGCGCCAAAGCGCUGGGACGUGGCAGGAUUUAAUUAAGGAAAAUAAAAUGGAUACUUCACCGACUCUAAGUAUUGGCGGAUCAAGAGCCAGAGCUGCUCUUUUAACUACGAGCGGUACCGGAAGCGGUAGUACCGAUAGAAGGGUUGUUUUUUUAACGAGUCAAACGGUGGAUGGCAGUGGACACGAAACUAAAACUUGGCCGCAUCAUUGGUCACCCCACACACCAGGCAAGAGAUAUAAGUCGCCGGAAGAAUCACCACGGUCCGAAUUGAACAAAGUUAGGAUGUCCCGUAAUCAAAGUGGAUGGUCGGAAGAGGCAGGAAGUUCUGAUGGUAUUCAACGACGAACUGGAACGAGACAGACGAUUGGUACAACUCAAUCCUUAAAAACUAAUAGUGCUGUAUUAGAAGACAGGACAUCUUCCAGUCAAACCUGUAAAGGUGGAUUCAGAUUAGGCAUCUACGGUUGGAGGAAAAAGUGUUUAUAUUCUUUGGUCCUCUCUCUGAUGAUCAUCGUCAUCGUAAACCUUGCUAUUACUGUCUGGUUACUCAAAGUUAUGGGAUUUACUUCGGAGGGUAUCGGCUCGCUAAAAGUGGUGCCCGGGGGGAUUGAGCUAAGAGGUCAGGCCGCUAUUCUAGACACCCUCGUGGCCUCAAACCUUAAGUCUCGAAAAGGUGAAAAUCUGGUACUGGAAUCCUGGAGCAAUUUUACGGCCACGGCUAGGUCGCAUGAUGGUCGAUUGUUAGCGAGAUUAACCGUUGGUGAGGACCGGUUCGAUUGCAUUUCAAAGGGCUUCCGAAUAACCGAUCCACGAGGAGGAGUAUUGUUUUCAGCCAAUAGAGAACAAGUAUUGGUAGGAGCAGACAUGUUAAAAGUAACCGGUGAUGGUGGUGCCGUUUUCCAGGGUAGCGUACAGACACCAUUAGUUAGAGGAGAAUCUGGCCGGGGUCUCAGAUUGGAAUCCGCAACGAGGUCAAUAAAAAUCAGCGCCCCGCAACGAGUGGUAUUGGAAUCCUGGGCAAACGAAAUUUCAGCGUCCUGUUUGACCGACUUGAAAGUUCAGAGCGUACACGGUGCAAUAAGACUCGAUUCCAAAUCCGUCUUCUUGAAAGGUCUAAAAACAGCUGUAACUGUUCAAGGAAGAUCCUCGAGGGAGACACAACAACAACAACAACAACAACAACCACAACUGCAACUGCAAUUGCAACAACAGCAACCACAAGAAAAAGAACAAGAACAGAAACAAGAACAACACCAACAACAACAGCAACAGCAGCAGCGGUCUUCCAGGUCCUCGAUUCAUCAAAAUCAAAGAGAGACGAGCAUUUAUCAACUGUGUGCCUGUGCUAACGGGAAGCUCUUUCUUGCCAGACCGGAGGGUAUCUGUCAAGCGGACAAAUCCGUUUGCUAAUGCGUCCUGGGGAUGGUGUCAUCGAAAUAAAAAAAGAUUUUCAUCAAACUAAAGGAAAAUGAAAAUGGAAACGACCGUUUGUCCGGCUUAAGAUAUUCGUCUUGUACGAAUGAAACAAAAAAAAAAAAACAAAAAAUACAAGAAAAACACACGCACGCUCGGAAGUAAAUAUAAGCCGUGAUAUCUGACCACCAUAUCAGGUGGAGGAUUAGACGACGAGAGGCCUUUUUUGGAAAUCAUUGCAAGAGUAUCAAACGAAUUGAACUAGUCGAUGAAGCGAUUGAAUUAUUAAUAAUCCCGACAAGUUGAUAUUUGCUCAAACUGACAUUUUCUACGUAGCGGAAAUGAGAGAGUCACUUGGGUGUUAGUAGGUGGGUGGGUGGGUGGAUGAGUUGGAUGAGUGAUGUGUGUUUGUGUGUGUAUGUGUGCGUUCAAACGCUUCCUCGAUUUGUUCCAUUUUGAUCGCACAUUGUAUAUUAUACCCUUUGUAGAGUAUGAGUCCGCGUACACCCACGGAGUAGGUCGGGUGAGUCGUGUGUGUGUGUGUGUGUGUGUGUAUGUGUGCUUGGUGACUUGCGCGGAAACUUGAUCAACUAUGACGACUAUAACGACUAUGACUACGACUACGAAGACGAAGACGACGACGACGACGAUUAUGCUAAAGACGAUGACGAUGAUGAUGAUUAUGAUGAUGAUGAUUAUGAUGAUAAGGAUUUCCUAGGGUUCUGCGGACAUCUAUGUGUAUGUAGCAUUGUUGCUGACGCUACCCCGCGAUGUAUAUCUUGUAUAUCAGUGAAAACGCGUAACAUGCGGUUACCGUUUAGACAUCAGAUGCAUCAUUAAAUAACAAACAAAUCUCCAGCUCCUCGUCUAUCCGCUUUCCUUCGUCAUAAUUUUUUCCUUUUUUUUAUCUUACAUCAUUUUCUUUUCUUUUAAAUAUCUUCUUCUCUUAGCUUCAAGCUCGUUUUUUUCUACGUCUAUACUUUUGUUAUUAUGUAUAUUGUGCGACGAUAAUUAUGAGAACGAAAAGAAACGGUCUAACACAUUUUUAUUAUGCAUUAAUGAUAAAGUUAUUAUUCUCUCUUUGAUAUUAUUAAUAUAUAUUAUUAAGAAUAUAAUCUUCUUUUUUGUUUUUUAGAGCAAAGAUUAUUAAAAUAAAAUAAAAAAGAAUCUAUCUUUGAAUGAGCUAAUACAAUGCCCAAUUUGUAAUAGGAAUUAGUGGUAAAAUCUUAUAUUAUAUUCAAGAAUUGAUUUAUUUUCGAUCGCGUUUUCUGAUAAACCUGGAAGGAAAUGUGAAGACAAAAUGUAGUUAUUGUAAAAGGAUCAGGAUGCGAUCCAGCUUGUACGCUGUACGUCGGCCAUGUCCAUCUAUUUAUGUAUGUGGCAAUAAAAUCGUUAUUGUUACUAUUAUUA